AUGAUUGAUUUAGUGGACUCCUAUCGAAAAAUUAAGGAAGGAAAUGUUGAAUUGCAAGCGACUAGCCCUACUGAUAUCGUCGUAAGUAAUGGAAGUAAAAUUCGUAGCGUUGUUGAACGAUGUUUAACCAGCUUACAAGACCAAGCAAAUGAUACCAUUAAAUUGCAAGCAAGUGGUAAAAAUAUUACCAAGACAAUUUCUUGUGCGGAAAUACUCAAGAGAAAACGCCAGGGACUCUAUCAAAGGAAUGAAAUAUACUAUCAGCUGUCUGAAGAUAUAUGGGAACCACAAAAAGAAGGACUAGAAAAUCUUAAAGUUAAACGUCAUAUUCCUGCUAUGACUAUCACCUUAAGCAAGAAUGCUAUGGAUGUUAAAUUAUCAGGAUAUCAAGGUCCGUCCAAUAUUAUGGAGGUACGACGUGAUCAUCCCAGUCGAGGUGGUAGACGUGGAAGAGGAGGUAAUCACCCGCGUCGAGGAACGAAUAAUCGACGGCGUAAUGUUAAUGAGAUAUAUAAAACCCCAAAUUUCAAUUAUUAA